GUCUGGGAUAGUCGCUGUGAACAAGUGAACCUCCAGCUACAUCGCUACCAAGAUUAGGGAACAGGUGCAAGGUUAUCCGGAACCAGCGCUCCUUUAGUUUGACUUCCAUAAAGUGCGCUUUUCCAGCUGUACAGAUCCCCUUUUUUUUACGUUUUUAUCGUUACACGUUAUUCAGCGGGGAGGAACUACGUUCAACGCCGCCACAACCGAGCUCCACCUUUAGAUCCGAAGUCUCCAGAACUACGCUUAUUGUCCCUCGAGCGCAAUUUCCCAGCACCAACCCCGCGCGCGCAAUUUAAGCGGAGAGCAGCCGGGGAGAAUAAGCCUCGCGCGCAGUAUGGAGACGUUUACGGUGCCUCGCGCUGAUCUUGCGGACCUCUACUCCGUGGUUCCGUACAAUGUCACCGACGAGAUGUCAGUCAUGGGUUAUGGUGGUAACGAGACCGUGCUACCGACCCCGGUGAGAAGCGCCAGCGGCAUCAUCAUAGCCAUAUCCAUCACGGCGCUCUACUCCGUUAUUUGUGUGGUGGGACUACUGGGCAACAUCCUGGUUAUGUACGGGGUGGUCAGGUACACCAAGCUGAAGACGGCCACCAACAUCUACAUCUUCAACCUGGCGCUGGCGGACGCCCUGGCCACCAGCACGCUGCCCUUCCAGAGCGCCAAGUACCUGAUGAACACCUGGCCCUUCGGCGAGGUGCUCUGCAAGGUGGUGAUCGCCAUCGACUACUACAACAUGUUCACCUCCAUCUUCACGCUGACCAUGAUGAGCGUGGACCGCUACAUCGCCGUGUGCCACCCCGUGCGCGCGCUGGGCUUCCGCACGCCGGCCAAGGCCAAGCUGAUCAACGUGCUGAUCUGGGUGCUGUCGUCGGCCAUCGGCGUGCCCAUCAUGGUCAUGGCGGUCACCAAGGUGACGGACAGUGGUAAAACCCUGUGCAUGCUGAAGUUCCCCGACCCCGACUGGUACUGGGACACGGUCACCAAGAUCUGCGUGUUCAUCUUCGCCUUCGUGGGGCCCGUCAUGGUGAUCACGGGCUGCUACGGCCUGAUGAUCCUGCGGCUGCGCAGCGUGCGUCUGCUCUCGGGCUCCAAGGAGAAGGACCGCAACAUGCGGCGCAUCACCCGCAUGGUGCUGGUGAUCGUGGCGGCCUUCAUCGUGUGCUGGACGCCCAUCCACAUCUUCAUCAUCGUGAAGACCCUGGUGGAGGUGGACAACCGCAACCCCUUCGUGGUGGCCGUGUGGCACCUGUGCAUCGCCCUGGGCUACACCAACAGCAGCCUCAACCCCGUGCUCUACGCCUUCCUGGACGAGAACUUCAAGCGCUGCUUCCGGGACUUCUGCGUGCCCUGCCGGCCCGGCGCCGACCCGCGCAGCCUGGGCCGCGGCCGCCAGGCCCCGAGGGAGCCCGUGUCGGUGUGCGCCCCGUCGGACGCCCGGAAGAACCCGGCGUGACUAGGCAUGGAGCCGGCCUCCUCAGGUGGCUUCGGCGGCGCCAGGCGGAUCCAGCAGGACCUGCAGUCGGAGAUCACCCUGAUCUCCACCACCGAGUUUUGAGGCUGCCGCCGUUUGGGCGAAGCAGGCCAACAGCCCACACCCUAAUCCCCUUUCCCCGUUUAGGAUUCGGGAGUCGUUCCAAUCGGGUGGAGAGGAGCAGUGUAGGAACUUCAAUGAUUAAUGGGGUUUUGCUUUGAUCGGCUUUUCAUAAAGAAUUGAAGUUCUCCGGUUACAAAGAAGAAUGGAGGUCCUUUUUAUAGGAGCUGGAAAUGUACUGUGAAGGCCUGGACGGAGAAUGAAAGGGCUUGUCUUGAGGGUUCUUCGUUACCCAGAACAAUGACACAGAAGGCGACAUUACAGAGCUCAUUAUUGGUCGGAAACAAAGUAAUGGAAGAAAGGGUCUUGUAAUGAAGGAAACAAAGGAUAAUGUCUAUUGGAUGAAAACACUACCUUCGGACAGCGGCCCGUGAAUGAGAUGGACUGACUUUCUUUCCUCAUGCUGAAUAGAUGCAUAGCCAAUUCGAUUGCAGCCACUGACUUAAAACAACAAAACAACUACAAAGAAUCGCCUAAUCGCCCCGACCAAAUGCGUUUUCUGAAAGAACCAGUGUAGAGCAUUUUCAUCAUGGUCCAUCAUUUAAUAAUGGAUUCAAAAAGACUUUGCAUCGAGGGAAUAAAAUAACCCGUUCCUUUCCUGUUGUCUUCAUCCUGAAUAGCUAUGGAUGGAACAUCAGCCUUGAAACCUAGGAGAAUAGGAGAGCCAGCCUUGCUAGGAACAAAAUGUAGACAGAGGUGUGUGUGUGUGUGUGUGUGUGUGUGUGUGUGUGUGUGUGUGUGUGUGUCUGUGUGUG